AUGUCCCGCAAGAGAAAGCAAGACGAGGAGGAGGAGCUUGUCUCCCUCCCUGAAGAAGAUGACGGCGAGGAGGAAGAGGAGUACGUCUCCACCGCAGACGAAGAAGAACAGAGCGAAGAGGAUGAAGAUGUCGAGGAGGAAGAGGAAGACGAUGAAGACGAAGGCGCUGACGAAAAGGUCGAGCCUCCUGUAAAGAAGCGCAAGACGGCCGAGGCAGAAGUUGAAGAAACCAAUGGCGAUGCCGAGGAAGAAGAGGAAGAGGAGGAAGAUGAAGAGGCUGAGGCUGAAGGCGACGAGGAGGAUGCUGAGGGUGAUGAAGAUACUGCCGAUGCCUCUGUCCCAGCCAAGGAGGAUGUCAAGACAGCUGCUGCGCCUGCUGCUACAGAGACUCCGGAACCCAAGGCAGUCACAGCUGGUGGUGACGAGUAA